CCUUUCUGAUCGAAAGUUUUUUACAUUUUUUUAUUCAUUUCCGUUCGAAUAAAAGCAUCCAGAACUUGAGGGCAUCGUCAGAAAAACAUAUUUUUUCUUAACUCAAAACCUUGCUCAAUCAGAUAUACUGUGAUUGAAAAAUGGAAGCGAUCUUUUAUUUAUUUUUUGUGAAAGAACUAAUUUUUUGACUUUUAUAAAUUAUGUUACUGAAUGCUUCGAAAUGUAUAUAGAACAGAAAAAUGUAAAAAACUUUCGAUCAGAAAGGAAGAACUGUUAUGCAGCAUAAAGCGUCUACCUUAAAUAUUCAUUAAAAAAAAAACUUUUUCAAUUGUGAAAGGUUCCGAAGAGAUAUACUACAAGUUUCUGAAAUCCUCCAUGAUAAUAUUCCUAAGCGAAUUUAUUUGCUAUUAAUUGUAAGUCUCGAUAGUAGGGAUAGUUCAAUGCGCUUUGAGUAACUUUAAUGGUUAAUUUAUUAUAAUCGUCAUAUAUUUCACAUUAUCUUCAAUAAUAGGUAGAUGAAAUGCAUAAUUUCGUUUUUCUGGAAAGCUUCAAUUUUUCAUUCUAUUUAUUGGAGAACUUAAUAUUCCUUCAGAUGAAAACAAGAAGUUUUUUUAAUUAGACUGUAAUUUUGUAGAAAACUCUCAGGUAAUGAUUAGAGAUUCUAGAAGUAUCUGAAAUAUAGAAAACAAAUAUUUGAAUGCGUCCAAGAUUCUUUGUAGAUUUUAAUGUACAGAAAACUCUUGAAUGUUAAGAUUCAAGAGUAUAAAAAACGUUUCUUAACUUCAUUUUUAUAUGUGCAAAACAUGCAGAAAGUUUCAUGACGAUUCCAUGUACCGUAUUAAAAACUGAUUUUUGAGAGCGAGAAGUCUUAACCUGUAAUAGAUAAUGAAAGACUUCAGAGAUCGACACCGAAUCAAAAUCUUUCUAGCAUAUUCGAUUUAUAAUAACUUCGUUCUUGAUUAUAUAGCAACACAGUCGUAGAAAAGUUUGAUUGAUUUGCAUAUGACAUGAUCACUAGCAAAGAUUAGUAGUUAUUUUUUUCAUUUCUUGACUUUUUUAUUCUCUAAUGUAUGUUUAUGUUAGUAGCCUAUUGUAUUUGCUUCUCAUGAUAAUUAUGUCAAACUUGGAUGCACUUUCAUUAAGUGGUUGACCUUUCACAGAACGUUCUCGUAUAUUAUCUUCGUUAUUCGUAUCACACUCAAUAUCUAUCAUAAAGCGUUCAUUAAUGAACAAUGAUAUUCAUUUUCAAGUACUAUAUAAUGGUAGCAGGCAGCAAACGACUCUCUGUUGAAAAACUUUCGAUUUUCCUGCAAUAUCAAAUAGUGAAAAUCUGAACGAAUACGGACUUAUACUUGGUUUUGUAUCGUGUACAAUAUUCUUUGAUACAUGCAAGUACGUUGAUUCUAGUACAGUUGCUAGACAACUGUCAUUAUUAGAAAGAAGCAUUAAAAAAAACUGGAUAGUUUGCAAAAAUAUUAUAUAAUAUUUUUUUCUAACUCAAUAUAAUUGAAAUUGAAAUUUUUCUAUUCGAUCAAAGGAAAAACGACGUACUCGCAUAAUGUCUCAAGUACAGUGGAAGUACGAAACUACCAUGAAGGUAGAGGGGAAUCACGUGGAGCAUAGCGAGACAAUCGUGCGGGUACUCCGUUGUCUUCUUAAAUUUAUGUUUAGAUUCUUUUUUUAGUUAAAAAACUGUACUCUAGAGAGCGACAUUUUUCCUUGUAUGUGUUUUGGUCUCUCAUAGACUUUCCUUGAAAAUCAAUAUGUAAUAUUGUGUAUUGAAUAUAUUAUAGACAUGUUUUAGUAAGAGUCUUCUUUCCUAUAAGCCGUUAAAACAUUUAUUAACUACGUCGAUAAUUCAUCGGAUCUACAUAUUUGAAUUGAAUGAGUUGUAAUCAAAUGAAUAAUGAAAACCUAUAGUUGUUCAUAAGUAAAAAUAUCCAAAUCAUUGAUAUUUAUUUCUAAAUAAAGCAUUAAUAUAUCAAAAAAUAUUUAAUCGUUUAAAAUUGUUUCAAUUUAAUUUUAGAGUUCUGUAACUAAUAAAGAAGAUGCUGAUUCAAAUCAUAUAUUUUCUUUAAUCUAUGGAUAUCGUUGUUCACAAACAUUAUUUACUGCUGUUAGUUUUAAAUUAUUUGAUCAUUUAACAACACAAGAACUUUCAUUAGAAGAAUUAGCAAAUAAACUUAACCUAUCUCAUUUAUCAUCAUUAGAACGAUUUUUAAAUGCUUGUAUUUCUCUUAAAUUAAUUCAACAAGAUAAAAUAAAUAAGAAAUAUUCUAAUACACAAUUAAGUGAUAAAUAUCUUGUUUCAACAAGUCCAGUAACACUUAAUGGAUAUAUUGAUCAUAAUAAUCAAUCAUCUUAUUUACUUUGGUGUAAACUUCGAAAUGCAAUACAAGAAAAUACUCCACAAUGGCAACAAAUACUUAAACAAUAA